GGCAAACAAUAAUAACAAAAUGGCCGUUGUUUUCUUCAAGAACAACAUGGCGUUUUUAUUUGUAUGUUCUUAAUUUUUUUAAGACCACAUAUUGAAACUAUCUCUAGUUGGAGCAAAUUGUGGUUUUGCUCCGGAUAUUUCUAUUUAUUUUGGAUUAUCCUGGAGAUUAGUGAUCGUCUGUGGCUGCUUCGGGGCUUGCCUCGGAUUGAAUACACCUGCAUGUAAAUCCACACAAUACACAAGGAGUCACAAUGAAGCGUCGUGAUGGAUCGACUCGGAGACAAGUUUUGGAUAUGGACCAUUCGUCUUCAUCGUGGAAAAAUAAAUAUUCAAAUAUUGCUCAACGCAAUGUAAAUGGGUCUGGUGAUAGUUCUUCCAAUCCUUUGUCAAAGCUUGUUGGGAGUUAUGCAUCUGAAUCUGAUGAAGAUGAUGAUAAUUCAAAGAAUAAAAAUACACUUGAUGCAAAAGUAGAGGAGUUCAUGAAGGAGGUUGAAUCAACCAAAACCAAUGAAGAUGUAAGCAGCAUUACUUGUGCUUGGCAGGAAUGCCAUGACAAAGAUACUGGAUAUCCAUAUUAUUGGAAUAUGAACACCAAUGAGGUGACAUGGGAACCACCUCCAGAACUAGUUGCCUAUCAAGCAACUCUGACAGCUAAAAUUGCCCAGACACAAGCCAAAGUCAAGGCGCAAGCUCAACAAGCUCAAUGGGCUGUUGAGCAGGCAGCUCUAGGUAUAACUCCUGAGUACCCUCAAAAGAGAAUUCCAACAGCCGUACAGACUCUUAAGAAACCACCCAAGAGUACUCCACCACCAAUUCUUCCACAGUCUACUAAAGGUAAAAAGCAGAAGCGAGUACCAAACAGACCACCAUCUAGUGAAUCAGAUGAUGAAAAAAUUGAAAUGAUUACAUCAUGGGUUGAUGAAGAGAGUGAAGAUGAGGAUGAACCUCCUGUUAGUGGGAAUCAUGCUGUUGAAGACAAGAAGAAAGUCAAAGAAACUGCUGGACCGCAAACAAAAGCUCCAGCAAGCUCACGUAAAUCUGUAAAACCACCAAAACCAGGGCCUCUACCUAAUGUUAUGUUUGGUCCACAAUUACCCUCAAAUUUGCCAGUCACAGCUCCCAGUAAAAUCAGAUCUGGGAGUCGAAAUGGAUCAACAGAAGACAAUGAAGUAGAAUCCAAAGUAGUUAUCCAGAAACUAAGACGGCUCAAAACAGAGUCUGAUGUAAUUGUAGGCACAAGGGAAAGGGUCCCAGUGCGAAAAUCAUUGGACAGAAGUAGAAGUGGUAGUCCCAAUGAUCGCUUGACUUUGAAAAAUAGAACAAGACUUCAUGAUGGUGACAAUGAGCACCUUUCUGAGAAAUCUCUUUUAAGCAAACUAAGUAAACAAGUACAGAUUUUAAAAGACUUAGGUGGCAGUGUACCUGCUGACAUAAAAGAUUUACUAAGUUCUUCAACAAAGUCUUCCAUAAAUUCAGCUGACAACAUAAUUGCUAUGAUUGAGAUGGAACAACCCCCAGAUCAUAAACAAGAUGUUAAUUUUCUAUCGUCAUUGAAAGCAGCAGAGCACAGAAUUCAAAGAGAAGUGCAGAAAAUCCAAGCAGACAAACUUGUUAAUGGCAGUGAAAAGUCUAGUAAAAAGGAGCAAAAACCUUCUUCAUUUGCCUUGAUUGCUGGUUAUGGUGAUGAUUCUGAUCAAGAUGAUGCAGCAGACUCAGAUACAUCGGUGCACUCUGCCAAGGUAGAAAAGCCUUCCAAGGAGAAGUCUUUGUUUCCCAUCUUGGGCCAUGAAGAAAGUUCCAAAGAAGAUGUGAAGACUGUUCCGAAAUUUACUCUUGGUGCAGACUCUUCAACUUCUAAAGCCAAUUCUGAUAGUACAUCAAAGCCAGCAUUAGUUCUUGAUGCUGGUGUUGGCCAGAAACGUAGAAAGAGGCUUGACAUUGGAGCAAUCCUCCCUCAACCAUUACCCAGCACAAGUAAUUCAACCAAUGUUUCCAAUGAAGAGAAUUCUAAAUCUACACUUUUAGCAAAAGGGACAAGUGAAGUCUCCUCUGGGACUACUAGUUACACAACUGUUUGGUCUAGCACUUCCACAUAUGCAAGUGACCCUACUGCCAAUGAUAGGCGAGGGUUUGGUUUUCCAGUUGUGCCCUGUGAUGAAGAAGAGCCAAUUCCUUCUAAUACAUCUUCUAACACUAAUAAACCCAAGAAAUCAAAAAUUCAAUUUAUUAAGGCAGAAACCAUAAAUAAGCAACAAGAUGACAGUACAAAUGUGAGGGAGAGUGGGAAGGAUCUCAACUCAAAAAACACAACUAGCAAAUCUCGGGAAGAUGGAGAGCUUCAUCGCAGUUUGUCAUCUUUGGCUCAGCUUGUGAAAGCAAAGCUCCAGUUUCUCAGUGAGGGCAAGGAACCAGUGUCCCCCGUGCAAGCUAUGGCCAUUCAGAUUGAGACCUUGGUGUCAGCGUGGAAUGCUGGAGCUCUUACCAAUGCCUUUCUUCAACGCUGGCUGCAGAGCACGGGGGCUGAACUGGUCCAAUUGGAACGCGCUGCUGCUCCUCAGGGCUGGGCCGUGCAAUGGGAUAGGGAGUACAAGCGGUAUUUUUACUGCAACCUGGCCACCAAAGACACCCAGUGGGAUUAUCCUCUUGUACCGGAGGAUGGGCAUUCCAAGCCUGAAGAGCCCGAACCAUCAAAUGCUAAGCCGCAGUCCAGAGUGGCAACACCACCACCAGAUGAUGAAGAUGCCAUGGAGCUGUGCACCACUCCACCUCCGGAGGAAGAAGCUGAGAUAGGAAUCCCUCCACGACCUUGUAGUCCCCCACUUGAAGCACCCCCAUGUAAGAGGUCAAAGACUGAAGAUGAAAGUGCCGAUUCGAACGACAUCCCUGAGCAUCCGUCAGCCCCUCCCGUCUGCCCGCCCCUGCCAUCCACUCCACCACCCCCGCUGCCGUCGACUCCUCCUCCCCCUCCGCCGCCCCCGGAAACACCCCCGCCGCCCCCUCCGGGCACACCCCCGCCGGGCACGCCGCCCCCCGCGACGCCGGCCGCCUCGCGGGUCUUGGAGCACGGUGAGCCCCUGCCCCCGGGGGUGGACAGCCCCGACGUGCCCUUUAUCGCAGUGCGCCCCGCCAUGCCCCCCACCCCCCUGGCCCUCCCCGUGUCUGCAGACCUCGCCCCCCACAUGGACCACCUGGAGCACAUGGACCACAUGGGCGUGCUCAACCCCAUGCAGUCGCUGCACCCCGGCUCCGUCCUCGGGGUGCCCGUGCUGUCCGGCGUCCCCGGCAUGGCCAUGCAGUACACUGGCGGCGUCGCUGUGUCUGGCUCCUAUGUCGCCCCUCCCCCAACGGAGGCCAUGCUGGCUUCUUUCAACCAUGCAACUGCUGUGGAUUACAUGGGGUACAUGGGUGUCUAUGCUGGUCCUGCGGGCCCCAUGCCUGUCACCAGUGUGGCUGCACCCCCUUUGGCCUACACUGGACCAGCACCGCAGCCUCCAAGUCAUCCCCCAGUGCACAUGCCUCAUCGCAAAAAGGAAGCGCUUAUGUCUGAACUCAGUUCAUUUUAUUCUGACCUUGCCUCGAUGGAUUCAAACUCAAGAGAUGCUACAGAGGAUGAUACAUCUCAGGAUGCUGCUGAGCAUUCAAGAGUCAAGACUUCAACACCACCCGUACCUCCAGCACCUGUCCUGAAUCCAACAGUAGAAGAGGUCCCCAAACAACCACUCCCUGAAGCGCCCUUAAAAAGUCAAAGCUCAAUUCAAGACUCAGAGGGUGCAUUGACUAAAAAGAAGAAAAAGACAAAACUCACUCCAGGACUAACACUGAAGAAAAAGGGGGUUUCAAAUCUUGUAGCUAAAUGGCAGCAAGUUCAACAAGAGGUCUGGAAGGAUUAUGAAGAUGAGGAGGCUGUCGAGUAAUAAGUGUAAAUGUGUACAAGUUGUCAAUAAAUUGUUAGUUAAUUUCAUCAUUAA